AAUGUCUGGCCAGUUUAUAAAUAAUGGAAAUGUUUUAUUAUGAGCUCUCUGGUUAGGUAUAAGGUUCAAACACAAGUCCCUAUAGAUCAAAGAUAAAUAAAGAUUAUUAGAUAUAAAUAUAGGGAGUGUGAAAUGUCAUCAUAUGAAAUGUCAUAUGAGCUGGGCUUACAAGUUCAGCCCAUUUUAUCAUAUUCAUCGAUUACUGUUUGACACAUAUUAACAAAAGCACUAUGCAAAGACAAAGCAAUAGUUAAGGCUGUCGUGUUCACUGAACUGGUUUUGAUCAGAACACGGGGGAGACGCGUGUGUGUGAAUCAGAGGGAGGAGAUGCUGAACACUCAGACCCACACACAUAUUGAUCGUUACAAGAGGGCGCGCUGUAAUAGAUCAUCACGCCUACAGCGGGAUCCUGUGCUUUAAAUGUCUUGAGGUGAAUGAGGUCGACGAUCUCCCACUGAAAGGAUGCUUGUUCAGGGAUGAGAAAAGCGUUAUCGCAGGUCUCGGUUCCGAACAGAAGUUGUGGCUUUCUUCGGAGGUGUGUGUCGUCUUGCUCAUGCAAUAACAGCAUCAUGGCAGCCUUCAAAGGUGUGUGGACUCAGGAAUUCUGGCGAGCGGUUUCAGGGGAGUUUUUAGCCAUGAUAAUAUUUGUACUGCUCAGUUUGGGGUCCACCAUCAACUGGGCAGCAACACAGGAGAACCCUCCGCCUCCCGACCUCGUCCUCAUCUCUCUCUGCUUUGGUUUAUCCAUCGCAACCCUCGUCCAGUGUUUUGGGCACAUCAGCGGUGCCCACAUUAACCCGGCUGUCACUGUGGCGAUGGUUGCUACACGGAAGCUGAGUCUGGCAAAGGGUGUGUUUUAUUUGUUGGCACAGUGUCUGGGGGCAGUGGUGGGGGCGGCUGUCUUGUAUGGAGUGACACCAGCAUCAGUGAGAGGAGGAAUGGGAGUGACUUCAGUCAAUGCUGAAAUCUCCACCGGUCAUGCAAUUGUGAUAGAGCUCAUAAUCACAUUUGAGCUUGUCUUCACUGUCUUUGCCACCUGUGACCCCAAACGCAAUGAUCUCAAAGGUUCAGCAGCCCUGGCUAUUGGGCUGUCAGUGUGCAUCGGCCAUCUGUUCGCUAUCCCGUAUACUGGAGCCAGUAUGAAUCCAGCUCGCUCUUUUGGGCCUGCGGUCAUCAUGGCAAAAUGGCAGGACCAUUGGGUAUACUGGGUGGGCCCUUUAAUAGGGGGCAUCCUGGCUGCAGCUGUGUACGAAUAUCUAUUCUGUCCCGACCCUGACCUGAAGCACCGCUAUGCUGACGUCCUCUCCAAGAGCCCCUUCCAAAUCGACCCGUAUCGGGUGGUGGACACAGAUUCGUACCCCAGCGAUCAAGCUCAGCUCAUGGCCAAGCAGGCAGCGAUCAGAGUGCUGGACCUGGAGAGGACACAGAAGAAGGAGAGGGAGUCUGCUGGAGAGGUGCUGUCGUCUGUAUGACUAGUGAGAGGCACUGAGGAGGAACAGCACAACACUCACAGCAUUAAUGAGCUCAAAGAGACAGAUCUGAUCUAGAGUCACACUGUGUGUUUGUGCACAGAUCCUCUACAGAAUGACUCACAACACUUGACUUUAAUCAUUAAGAAUGAGCUACGAACCGCCUAAUGGUCUCGCUUAAAACGCUCUUCCUUGUAUGCCAGUCACAGGCCAUAGAUCUCAUAUCCAGUAGAAUCCACUUUGAAGAUUUUAGUCAGUCACUGAACAUCCUUUAGCAGAUGCACCUCAUCGACUACUGAAUCAAUAACUAAAUGGGAUUCUCACAUCUAAGCAAAUGUAACGCUUUUGUUUGGUCUUCGGGUUAUUACCUGGCAAUCAGGGUUGAGAUUAGAUCAUCACCAUAAUAAUGCAGAUCAUUUUCCUUCUCAGUGCACUCUCUAUGAAUUAACCCCUUCUGUCCUUAUCUUCUUCAUUUCAAAUCUAAUGUUGUUUAGAGUAUUUUACAGUUUUUUUUCUUUAAGGUUAUGAAUUUUGUAUCUUUCAAUGCUGCUGUCAGAAAUCUAUACAACUGCAAUCUCUGAAUGAGUUUCAUUUUCUGUUUGAGCUGAAAAUGCAUGAUUAUGAUUUUAUUUCUGUCUUCACCAUAUCCCCUUUAAAUCUAAUGUUGUAUUUUAUAUUUUAUGUUUGUCUUUAAGGCCAUUAAUGUUAUGUCUUUGAAUGUUUUUAGCCCAAAAUGCCGAUUUUACUUGUUUAAAAUCACUCAUAUUGUGUCCUCCCACCUUUACUUAUUCUCAUAUUCUCGAGAAAACAUGUAAUCAAUGAAAAAUGUUAGUAGUGUUAUGUUUUAGAUUAAUUUUUCUUGUAGGUUCAGAAGUUUUUUGUUUUUUGAUACAAUCAAGCAUAAUCACUGUCUCAGUUCUAACCUGUUAUAAAAUUAUGUUAUUUCAACCUUAUUAUUUAACUAAUGUGUUGGAUGCUUAAAGUUAUCAUGUUAUGUAUAAUAAGUUUUUCAUAAUUAUUUGAAAAUGAAUAUUAUAUUAUAUUAUAUACUAUAUUAUUAAAGAAAAGUAACUGGAAUGUCUUAUGGAAGCCGGUUUCACCCUCAACAGUUAAAAAAUAAAGAGUUUCUAUAGUAA